AGCAGGAAGAUGAGCAGACUACUAUGUCGAGCACUUCCUCUUGAAACUGUGGACUUUGUUAUUAUACAGACUGUGGUCAACAUCCGAGAUGAUGGCUGAAGGAAACAGAGCGAGCCCAAAGGGUUUCGUUGAGGGCACUGUUCACGUGGACGUCAAGGAUUAUUAUGGCAAGAGGCUGACGAACACCUCAGACCUGCAGAGCAACGCUUGUGUGGCUCCAGCCCAGCCCAUCCCUGCCUUCAUCCGCCAGGCUCUGAAGAGAGUGCACCCUGAAGUCACUGCCAGGUACUAUGGCUGUGGUCUGGUGGUGCCAGAGUGUUUGGAGGGCUGCAGGAUACUGGACCUGGGCAGUGGAAGUGGGAGGGACUGCUACAUGCUGAGUCAGCUGGUGGGUGAGAAGGGUCAUGUCACUGGCAUCGACAUGACUGAGGACCAGCUCAAAGUGGCCAGGACAUAUGUGGACUACCAUAUGCAAGAGUUUGGCUACAAGAAGCCCAAUGUCAGUUUUGUCCAGGGCUACAUUGAGGCCCUAACACAGGCGGGUCUGGAAAAGAGCUCAUUUGAUAUCAUUAUUUCAAACUGUGUGGUGAAUCUCUCUCCAGACAAGAGGCGAGUCCUGGCUGAGGCCUACAGUGUACUCAAGGACGGUGGUGAGCUGUACUUCAGUGACGUCUACUGCAGUGGAAGGCUGACAGAGGAAAUUAAAACUCACAAAGUGCUAUGGGGCGAGUGUCUUGGCGGAGCGCUCUGGUGGAAGGAUCUUCUGCAACUGGCCGAAGAAGUCGGCUUCAGCCCCCCACGGCUGGUUACAGCCAAUGUUAUCACUGUCGACAACAAAGAACUGCAGGAUGUUCUGGGUGACUUCAAGUUUGUCUCUGCCACGUACCGCCUUUUUAAGGUCCCUAAAGGCAACACCAAGUCCUGUCAGGUCAUCUAUAAUGGGGACAUUACUGGAGUAGAGGACAGCUUCCAGUUUGACUGUCAAUACACAUUCAAGGCCGGUGAAGUGGUGGGGGUGGAUGAGGAGGUGGCCAGCAUCCUGACCCAUUCCAGAUUUGCGGAGGACUUCACUUUCCAGCCACCCGGAGGCCCCCAUGGGCCCUGUGGAGUCAGACAUAAAGCGGGCAUUGUGGAUCCUUUCGAGCUGGUCCUUCAUCUGGAGAAACAAAGUCCAGGUUCAGCCACAGGGGGGUGCUGCAGCACUCAGUCUGCUGCCUGCUGCAAGUGAUGGUGGGAAGAGCACAGAGAAAUACAGGCCCUGCAUCAUUUACACCAGUGCUGCAUAGUGCACAUUAUGACAAUAGCUCAAAUGCACUAAAUUAAUUAUGCCUCAUUAGGUGUCAAUAUUUUGAGUCUUAUUAACAUUUCAAUUGCUGUUUACACAUAAAUGUGUGCUGUUGAUGGUCUGUGCACAGUUCCCUCUCAAUUAACUCCAGUGGAAAAACAGAAAGGACAAUGAAUUUAGUUUAUUCAAAUAAUGGUGCUGCAUAAAUAAAUUAAUCUGAAGUUAUGUCAUUCACACCUUCAUCAUUACACAAACAAAUGACACUAUUUCACUCACAAUACCUCUAAUUGCUAUUUAGACAAAUUUCCAUUAUUGUGACCUCUGUAACAGUGUUUUUAUUACUGUUAGUACUAUUAUUUUAAUCAUUGUGUGUUUGAUUUAUUAAGAGACAAUAAAUAUUUUCAAUCAAUUGAA